AACUCGAUAUACGCCUCGUCAAACCCUUCAUCGAGAAGAAACUCUGAGGCGUCUUCAUUGAACGACGUGUGCUUCCCUGUGGACUCUCUGGACGAAGUGGACCGCUCGAAACGGUGGCCUAAUCUAUCAAUCUUGGAGGAGUUUGCUCGUGAAGAGCUUGAAGAUAUGAAGAGACCACGGUCGACGUCGACCAGCCAGAGGUCUUUCUCUCCUCUAGACGAAAGCAACGUGAACUUCCAGUAUCCGAUAAUAUCAAAUGUGGAUUACGGAGACACGGAGCCCCUAAUUGUGUCCACCAAUGAGGAAAUAGAUCCGAUCAACGGACGUCUAAGACCGAAGAAGAGAACACCAUGGAGGAAGCCAGCUUUCAUCACGAAGCAUGACAAGAUGACAAAAUUCAGAUUUACAUAUUUUAGGGAAGAUAUUUCAGACACUAUUCACUCGCCAACUAUAUCCGGACUGCUUCACAACGGCAGGAAAUUUGAAGACCUCUUCUCUCCUUCCCACUAUGGAGCAGUCGAUACUAUACCGGAAGAAAGGGAGGUUGCGAACAAAAUGCACAAUAUUUCGAACCUUCCCAUUGUUGCAUCCACACUGACUAACUUAACACAGGAAACUACAACAUCGGCUAACACAGCUUUGAACUCCUCCCAGUCGACCAAAAGCUAUGUCCAGCCGUUCUGGUUAGAUGUCUUGAAUCCAACUGAAGACGAAAUGAAAGCUAUCUCUAAAACUUUUGGUAUUCACCCGUUAACUUCAGAGGAUAUAUUUUUAGGUGAAGCCAGAGAAAAAGUCGAGCUUUUUAAAGACUACUACUUUGUUUGUUUUACGUCCUUUGACGUUGAAGAGGAACACCAAAGACGCAAGCAGGCUAUAGAAAAGGCAUUUGCGGAUGCGAUGGAAGAAGAGGAGCAGAAAGCACAGAAUGAGCGGCCAUUUUUCUUGAGAAUGAUGCAGAAAAUGAAACAUAGCUCCUCAACUUCAGGGAGCUCCGGUAAUUCCAUCCAUUCUAACAAUUCCAAAAAAUCAAAGAGAUCCAAAUCUGCUACUUCAUUGACCUCGAAAAAGAUGAAAAAGAAGAAAUACAACAAAGAUGAACUCAUCCCACUAACCAUGUAUAUAGUGGUCUUCAGAGACGGAGUAAUCACUUUUCAUUUCAAGCCAACUCCGCAUACCGGUAAUGUCCGUCGUCGUGCAAGACUAUUGAGAGAUUAUUUGACUGUGACUUCGGACUGGGUGGGCUAUGCGUUGAUUGAUGACAUCACAGAUGCAUUUGCACCGUUGAUAGAGUCGAUAGAAACAGAAGUCAAUUCAAUUGAAGAUGAAAUCAUAACGAUGCAAUCGGGCGAUAAAUCCGACGAAAGUGAAUCGGAAGACGAAGUUGAAGAUAUAGUAAGUGAAGAUCCGUAUUGGAUCAAAGUCAAACGGAGAAAUUCAAACAUUGCCGGAGAUGGGGCUUCCUCCUACUCCAAAUCAAUAUCUACUUCGAGCUCCAGUUCUGUGGAUACCAAGGUAAUAAGCUGGAAGAAAAAAGGUGACAUGUUGAGGAGAAUCGGUAAUUGCAGACGAAGAGUUAUGUCAUUACUCAGACUUCUAGGUUCCAAGGCAGAUGUUAUCAAGGGUUUUUCAAAAAGAUACAACGAGCAAUGGGAAGUUGCACCAAGAUCAGAAAUUGGUUUAUAUUUGGGGGAUAUCCAGGAUCAUAUUGUAACCAUGGUACAAAACUUAAAUCAUUACGAGAAAUUGUUGGCACGUUCACAUUCGAACUAUCUAGCUCAGAUUAACAUUGACAUGACCAGGGUCAACAACGAUAUGAACGAUAUUUUAGGAAAAAUCACGAUUUUGGGUACGAUUGUUUUGCCACUGAACAUUGUCACCGGCUUGUGGGGCAUGAAUUGUCUUGUUCCUGGACAGGAUCGGGAUGAUUUGCAAUGGUUUUGGAUGAUAUUAAGUGGGAUGUUUGCUUUCUCUAUCACAUGUUACUAUUAUGUCAAAAAAAUACUGAACGUGGUG